AUGUCUGCGCGCGCAUUACGCAAGCUCCAGCGCGAGCUCGAGGAGAAGAAGCAGCUUGAGCUAUUGGCUGCCGAAAAUGACGAAGACGACGAAUCGGAAGAGGAGCAGCCAGCCGCCCGCCCUGCGAAGGCCAGCAUGUUCGCCAUGUUAGGUGGCGAUGAUGAUGGAGACGACGACGAUGACGAAAAAGAAGAGCCCCGAGAGACGUCCGAGGCGCCUGAGGAGAGCGAGGAAGAGGCACCGAAACCAAAGGCAUCCACCGCAAAGCGAAAUAAAAAGAAGAAGAAGAAGGCCAAGGCUGCGAAGCAAGCUAUCGAUACGCCGACAAAAGAACAAUCUGCAUCCUCUGGGCUCGACGAAAUCGAUCUUGCGCUCCAGUCCCUCAAAGUCUCUAAAUCCGGAGAUCCAGGAAAGUCGGCUGAGGAAACCGCGGCCGAUGCUGCGGCACAAGAGUUGUACAAGCUGUUAGCGGUCGACACUCAAGGUCUGCAUGCACAAAAUGAAAUGCGCAAGCUUUUCGGAAGGGCUGCUUUGGAGAACAGGGCGGAUGAUGAGCCUGCUGGUAGAGGUAGACGCGGCCGCGGCGCGCAGCAGCUUGGUUUGGCGCAGGCUGUUGCUGCGCGUAACAUGCCAGGCGGCCAAGGUCUCGCCUCACUGGGUCUGCGCCGGAACAUAUUCAUUCAAGGAAAGGAAGAGUGGCCCAGGGCAACAAGUGGAGGUCUAGGCAUGGAGAUUGUAGAGAAACGCGCCGACGGGACUGUGGAAUACAGGUUCAUACACAGCACGGCAUACCAGGACGUACAAAGGCAAUUCGAGAGCUGCGUGGCGUCUAUGGAUCCCAACCGGCUGGUGCAGUUGCUCCAGUUCAACCCAUACCACAUCUCAACCCUCCUUCAAGUAUCAGAAAUCGCAAAGCAAGAGCGAGACCACGCAACAUCUGGCGACCUCCUUGAGCGUGCUCUGUUCUCAUUCGGGCGGUCCAUUCACUCGACGUUUUCAAACAACCUCUCUCAAGGAAAGGCUAGGUUGGAUUUCCGGAGACCGGAGAACAGAGAAUUUUGGUUGGCGGCGUGGCGCUACAUUGCUAACCUGGGCAUGCGUGCGACUUGGAGGACGGUAUAUGAAUGGGCAAAGCUACUUCUCAGCCUGGACCCUGAGAAUGAUCCGUACUGCGUUCGUCUUGUCAUCGACCAAUUUGCCGUCCGCGGCCGGCAGCAGCAAGACUUCAUCAGCCUAGCCCAGAACGACUUCUUCAAGAAGAGAUGGGCAGACCUUCCAAACAUCCAGAUGACGCUAGGCCUAGUACAAGUUCAAGCAAAUGAGCGCAGCAAAGGGCAGCAGAAACUUUACACGGCAAUCGGCAAAUACCCUUGGGUGGCGGCUCGUCUGUUCCAAGAGCUUGAGGUCAACGACAUCCCACCGGGAGUAUGGGGCAAGCAGCCGCGCACCCCUCACGAGCACCUGAUGACUGAGCUGUACGUCAUUCGCGCCAAGGAUAUCUGGAACACACCAGAAGCCAAAAACUUGCUGGUUGAGGUGGCUUCGGCGGUGCAGGCUUCUGGAACAGCAGACCCUGCAGACGACGCCAUCACCCGAGACAUAGCCCGCCACACUAUACUUACCGACAACCCAGCACUUAUUGGGGCAGUGCCGCGAUCUCUGUCUUCUCAAGUAAAGUCUACAUCAGACCCGCUGCCUCCCAACGACAACGUGGCGUCAUAUGACCCCACGCCAAGCAGGACAAGCCGACAACGAGAAAGUCAAACGGUGGAAGAGAUGCGGGAGGAGUACAGCAAUCUGCGGGCCUUCUUCCAGAGCCUGAUGCCGUGGUUUCAAGCACGAGAAGGCGACCAGGGAGAGCAACGAGGAACAGAGCAGCUGGACGAGGCUCCACCACUGGAUCCAGAGGUGCGCGACGAGGAGGUAGUCAGGCGGAUGGUGGAGCAAGGGAUUCCUUUCCAGGAGUUCUGGGAGCGUACGCAGCGCUAUGAGCAACUGCAGAACCAAAUGGAAAUGAUGGGCGAAUUAGAGGAGCUUCCGGAGACGGGGGAAAGUCGGGCAGCGUCGACAGAGGGCGCAGAGGGCGGUGGAGGUAAUAGCCACGAUGCCAGGGGUGCGGAUCCUGCGGCGUAG